AACAGUAAACCUGUGAGGUACAGUUUUGACUGACAGAGGCGAUCUUUUCACACAGGACAUCAUCGCAGAGAGAAGGGUCCCACAGAUUUCCAAAGAUGGCGGAACAUAAUUGUCCACGUAUAGCUGUGAUCAUCGUCACAGUCUUUGUGUACAUCGUCAUGAUAGCCUUUAAUGCUUUAUCUGGAGCUGGCGGACAAGCGCUGGGGAUAUUCAACAGCACUGUCGGUGACGUCUCCGAUAUUUUCUAUCUCGAGGUGACUCCCGCGGGCUGGACGUUCAGUAUCUGGGGCUUCAUAUACACAUGGCAGGCCCUCUGGCUCAUCUACGCCCUCACCACCAUCUGUCGUAAAACUAAAUCUGGAACCUACAUCUACCAACUUCCGGUUCUUCCUCCAAUAAUAUAUGUAUUGUACAUUUUCAAUAACAUUUGCCUUGUCUCGUGGUUGUUUGUCUGGGAUAGGAAAGAACUUAUUUGGGCUUUAGUUACAAUUGCCUUACUUCCUAUCACUCUCGCUAUAGCCCUCUUCUUUUCGUUCCGAAGGCUGUAUCACAACCUCGAAGAACUUACAGAAGAUGAGGCUGUCCGAGACAUCUGGCUCAUACGUUUCUUGGUACAAAAUGGCAUGGCUUUCUUUGGUGCAUGGGUAACCAUAGCUACACUACUGAACGCUGCCAUGGUGAUGACCUACAGAGGUAACCUUACGAAUGAAGAUGCUUGCACAACUGCCUUGGGUAUUUUGUCCUGCAUCAUUGUCACAUGGUUUCUCCUUGACAAUACAAUACUGGACCGAUAUGUACGGUACACUUUCAGCCCCUACAUUACACUUACUAUUGGACUCAGUGGUGCCGUCGCUAAGAAUUAUGACAUUCAACUUCAUUAUAGAAAUUCCAUCUUUUUGUUGACUCUUCUUGUUGUCGCUGCGGUGAUGCUUAUUACCAAAUUCCAUAUCAUGAUAUUUCGCCAUUUUCGGAAGCCUAUUUCUUCUAAAAUGCAAUAUAACAUGAAUGCUGAAAUUUAAGUAGUCACUCUGUUUAUUUUUUUCUUGUCAUUUUGAAGUAAAUUGAGAACAGAUAUUUAUCGUCUGUUCUGUGUAAGGAACAUGGAUUUCUAAAAUUACCGUUAAGUGGCUUGCCCCAAGAUCGGUCAGUCUCUCAGCUUCCUGAGAAACUCAAACCGCCAUGGUAGGUAGUCUCACCACACACCUCAGAUCUCCACCUUGUUAUGAAUAUCUAGGCCAACGCUCUAUCAACCCAGCUGUUGUAGCCUCAAAGAUAUUUUUGUAUGAUAAUUAUUACUUUAUUGUCGACUACUUGACGACAUGUCCUUAGGAACAAAGAACAUGUGAUGGUUGAUGGUUAAUGUUAUGUAAAACAUACCUUAAGGAGCACUAAAUGUGUACCAGGUAAAGAAUCAGUCAUCGGACCACUGUAUAUUUUGUAUAUGACGUUUUUAACUCUUUUAGUUUAGCUAUAUUCGUCUUUGUACGGAAGCCGGUUCGUGCAAGUAUUUUUUCUCGUAAUUACGACUUAAUUAUCUCGUAAUUACGACUUAAUUAUCUUGUAAGUACGACUUAGGUAUCUCAUUUUUUCGACCUCACUAUGACGUAACUAAGUCUUAAUUACGAGAUAAAAAAAAUACUUCAAGUGGCACUUACUGGCUUCCGUAAUUUAGUGAGCCACAGUAUUUUUAUUCGAAAACAAAGAUACAACUUGUGCGAGAUAUACUUAAAGUACAUCUUGACGCAUUGGGUAGUAGGGCAUUAUUAUCAAUGACUAGAAGCUUCAGCUGUUAAUCCAAGAUGGAAGGAUAAUUUGCUGAUAUUACAAGUAUGAAUGUCAUCUGAAAGCCGUAUAUUAUUUAUAUAUCAGUUUCAUAAAUAUCUUUUAUGCCAUGUGAAAUUUGAACCUAGGCGUUUAACACGAUAGAUUAUGUAACGUUUAUGUGCAUUUCGUUGGAUAAAAUAUUGAGAUUCAGAUGUGUUGACCUUUACGUUUGUUUGGUGUCAGAUAUGAUGACGUGAAUAAUGUAACUUUGGUAUGGUCAUGUAAAUGCCGGUUGGAAAUUGAUAUUUGAUGAUAACAGCUAGACCUCUGUAUCAAACUUAUAAGGUAUCAAUAUGGUAUCCUAGAUCACUACAUCAUCGUUACCUAUUUCCCGAUGGGAUUUGUGCAUUAAUGCUAACUGAGUUAAUGAAUGUAAAAGUUUGGUGACUUCUUCAUUUUUCAACGUUUUGCGAAAUAUGUAUUAUUUCAUCAAAUUUCUUAACCGACAUUUUUUCCCAUAGUUUUUUUUUAUUAUUGUUAUAAUUUUCAAUCGGAUGAUUCCAAAUCUUGUACCCAGCUUCAUUUCGGUUUUGUCAAGGGCAGUAAUACAAGCGAGAUUUCAAUAUACUCACAUUUUUAGAGAGUUACUAUUCAUACCGGAGAAAAUACUGCUAUUUGAUUUCAUUUUGCUUUUAGAUUCAAUUCAAAUGUUUGUUAGAGUGACAAGCUUCAGAAUAAAAAAAAAUAAACACUGUUUAUGUGUAAAAUUUCAUAUACAUCUCUCUUCUCAGUUAGUGUCAGUGAAGUUUAUUUAAUUAUAUGAAUCUCCAGUUUGUAUAACAUGCAGUUGACACUUGCCACAUAUAGUUUUGCUGUUUUCAGCAAUGACGGAAAACAGCUGUAUUUUAGCACGUGUGGUAAUUCGAUAGAAUUACUCUCUGAAUUUACUUAAAAAUUACGUUAAAAAUAUGAAUUAUUUAUAAAAAAAGGCGUUAUUAUAUGUUGUAAUUAACACUUUUAUUUAGGAAAAUUCAUAAAAUCGUUGUCAUAUCCGUUGAAGUUUGUCUUCCUUCUUCCUAGCCAAAAUACAGCUUAUAUUUUAAGACACUGUUCAUGUACAUUUAUUCUCUAUAUACCUGAUGUGAUAUUACCAUUAUCAUGCUUAAGAUCAAACGCAAUUUGUUUGAGAAGAUAUACAUAUAUAGGCAUGAACUGCCUUUUUCAUUGCUUCACUCAACUCAUUUAUACACCAUUUUAAUGAAACAUUCAAAUAAUCAAAUCCAAGUAAUUAUAUUUUACAUUUGUUAUAUGAUAUAUAUUUUAUUAUAUUUUAUUAUAUGCAUACUGUAUAACAAACAGAUAUCACAAUUACUUCCAAAUAAUGAGUGACGAAGGUUUCCGAGUCUAUAACCGAAAAUACGUAAACAGGAAACCAUAUGUGUUCUUAUCUUCAUUAGUAAGAAUUUGUGUUUUCAAACGUGUUUAGCAAUAUUCAGACCAUGAAUGCGUACAUUUGUCAAAUUUAUUUGAAUUGUUUAAAGUUUUAGUAUGUUUUAUUUCCAUUUAAAAGCCUGAAAAGAUAGUGUUUUGAUUUCUGACGUCAUUUUCUAAUUGUCUGUUUCUUCUGUUCUAAUACAUUGUAAAACUUAUACGGUGCCGGAUAUGAUAAAGCAUAGCUACAUGUGUAUACUUGUAUUACGGAGAGGACAUUGAUAACAAGUGUCCUAUACUUUUAUAUAUUAUUUAUGUAAUAAAAAUGGUUUUAAUUUCA